AUGAACAACACGUCGGGUCUGAGUGUUGUGGCCUACCCGCUCUUGGGGACAUACAACAUUAGCAAAGCCGCGCUCGCUAUGCUCUCUGGCACGCUGCGUCUCGAGCUCGAACCUUUUGGCGUGCAGGUCGUGGACCUCAAGGCCGGAGGGGUGCAGAUCAACUUCUUUCCCAACCAAGAGGGCGGUCACUAUCCUACGCUGCCCAAAGGUAGUCUGUACAAGGUUGCCGAGAAGGAGGUCGAGCAUGAGUGGAGCGACGCAGGAGCCCGGAAAGAUGGAUAG